CCCCCUCUCCCUCGAUCUCUUCUUCUUCCUCCUCUCUCUCCCCCCUCUCCCACUCCGUUUUGCUUCGCCGUUCGCCCCCAAUUCACCCGAAACCCUCGAUCGAUCCCUCUCCGCACCUCUCGCGCCCAGUCUCUCAUCGUCUUCCUCCGUCGCCGUGCGACGAUCUCAAUGGGGACUCUUGGGAAGGCGAUCUACACCGUGGGAUUCUGGAUCCGCGAGACGGGGCAAGCCAUCGACCGCCUCGGGUGCCGCCUCCAGGGGAACUACUACUUCCAAGAGCAGCUGUCGAGGCAUCGCACGCUGAUGAACAUCUUUGACAAAGUUCCAAAUGUUCACAAAGAUGCAUUUGUAGCUCCAAGUGCGGCUGUCAUAGGAGAUGUUCAAGUUGGACAGGGAUCUUCCGUUUGGUAUGGAUGCGUUUUGAGAGGUGAUGUGAACAGCAUUCGUGUCGGAUCUGGGACAAAUAUACAAGACAAUUCUCUUGUGCAUGUUGCAAAAUCUAACCUAAGUGGGAAGGUCUUGCCGACCAUCAUUGGUGAUAAUGUUACAAUUGGUCACAGUGCCGUGUUACACGGAUGCACUGUUGAGGAUGAAGCAUUUGUUGGCAUGGGUGCAACCCUGCUAGAUGGUGUAGUUGUCGAGAAAAAUGGAAUGGUUGCUGCUGGAGCCCUUGUAAGGCAGAAUACCAGAAUCCCUUGUGGAGAGGUAUGGGGAGGCAAUCCUGCAAAAUUUCUGAGGAAGCUCACUGAAGAAGAGAUUGCUUUUAUCACCCAGUCCGCAACCAACUAUUCCAACCUGGCCCAGGUUCAUGCCGCGGAGAAUGCUAAAUCUUUUGAUGAGAUCGAGUUCGAGAAGGUGCUCCGCAAGAAGUUCGCACGUAGGGACGAGGAGUAUGAUUCCAUGAUCGGAGUGGUUCGUGAGGUGCCGCCCGAGCUGAUCCUUCCCGACAACAUACUUCAAAACAAAUCCCCAAAACCUACUCAGUAACAUGUCUUAAUUCAUUUUGAGGUUCUAAAAAUCUCUCUUCAAUCAAACACUCGGAUAAUUUAUGCUGGAGAUGUUUAGUGAGUUUGGUGGGUUUAUGCUUUUCUUUUGCCAUCCCAAUAAUUUUGGGUCGAGCUUUGUUUUAGGAUCGGCCAUGUAUGUACCCUUUCGAUAAAAUCGGAUGUUCCCUUUUGUUUCCAUCUUCUUAUGCAUCCAAUCCAAUGCAAAGGUGAUAUUUAUACAAUUGAUGAUGUUUAUCCUGCAGAAACAGGGAAAGAAUGUUUCCACUUGUAGUAUCUUAUGAAAGAGUCUCCUAUUUGUACUAGUUGAGUAAUUUAGAUUGCAUAAGUUCGGGUUACGUUCGA